UUGAUAUAUGGCUUUUGCUACGUAUAUUGUACUGAAUUCUUAGAUAUUUCAAGCCUCUUCUGGUUUCCCAGGUAUGGAGCAACGGACAAAAUUGUAUGAUAAAAUGGAAAGGGAUUUAGAUGAGAAUGGACCAAAGUUUCUUCAACAUGGUGAAACAUCUCAGUCAUUGUCACUUUCAGAUCUCUUCACUUUGAAGGAUGAAUCUGUAACACCUGUUCUGAAGGCUGCAAACCCUCCUGUACGAGCUAAUGUACUGUAUCUGAACUCAGAAUACUCGAUGCGUAUCUCGGAAACAGUCAAACGUAUAUUUGAUCCAUACUUUGACAAAGUGAUCUGGUUUCAGAAUUCUAGUUUGUAUCAUUUUAGCAUGUUUCAUGCCUCACAUCACAUUUCACCUGUUCCUGCUACCGAGCAAGAGAUUGGUGCUGAAGCAGCUGCUGUCAAAUCUGCUGCAGCGGAGCUAUGCCCCUUGGAAAUUUUUUUGGACAGAGUGAUCUUAACUUCAACUGGUGUGCUUCUGGGCUGCUGGCAGGUGAAAUCGGGAACAGAUCCAAUAACUAUCCGUGCUAAACUGAGAGCUGCACUUCCACAUGCACCAGAGAAGCAGCUUUAUGAUCCUGCCAUUCUUCACACAUCAUUCGCAAGGCUUCUGGGUCCUCCUAGACCUUCUGCAAUGGAACCUUCAAAGUCUUCAGAUCAACUCCUGUUAUUUCAUGAGCUGGUUACUCAACUAAACAAUCAAAUCAGUGGAUUUAAGGCAGUGGUUUCUGAACUCUGGUACGUCGAGGAAUACCACUUAUUGGCGCUUGCUUUGGAUGGAAAAAUGAAAGUUCGUAGGUUCCAACUCGGUUGUGCAAGAAACUGAGUUUCGAUGAGAAGUAGAAGCAUGAUAUUUCAUUGUCCAUUUCAUCUUCUAAUGCUUCCAUGAAACAAAAAAUCUAAUUUUAAGCUUGAACUUUCUCCAUGUCCCCAGAUUUGUCUUAAAAAGAAAACUUAACAGCAAACACAGAACAUUAUAAAGGAAGAAAGACAAUUUUACUAA